AUGAACGUGUUCAGUCUGAAUGCGAAUGCAAAGUCGCUGAUUCCAGUCGAGCAUCAGCUCGUUUCGCAUCGUGGUCCCUACAUAGGAUUGCGGAAAUGUGGAGUUUGCCGGCGUUUUUUGAUGUACUUCGCUAUGAAAAAAGAAGAUACUUUUAUGUGCAAUGUGUGCGGUGUCCGCGUUCAUACUAGCUGUGUGAAUAAACUAACCAAUAACUGUCUGAUAACUACCCAGCUUGUUGGUGGAUUGGUUCAUAACGCCAUUGUGAAUAGUAAUUGGCAGCGCUGGGAAACCCCUGUACCGGUCAAAGAGGCAUCGGCGAUUCGCCCAACGGCUACUCCCAGAGUAGCUGAAGUGAAACGGGUGCAUACGAUUUGUGAGGAAAAUGAGGAGGAGCGAAUCACGACGUGGAAUGACGUCACUAUUCAACUGAAGGAUAUUAUAGUAAAAGAUGUCGUCGGUAAAGGAUUUUUUGGACGUGUUCACUCUGGCGUGUAUCAUGGUGAUGUUGCUGUCAAAUAUAUUCAUAUGGACCAUAUUGAGAAAACGCGACGAUAUGAAAUUUUCAAGAAUGAAAUUGUUGCCGCUUAUAAAAACUCUCGGCAUAAUCAUAUAACAUUGUUUCUUGGAUUUUUUGCCGAUGUGCCUACCAACACAUAUGCUAUUGUGACGAAUUUCUAUCAUGGGAGCAAUUUGUAUAGCCGAAUUCAUGAAACAACGGAGGAAUUGGAUUCGGUCUGGAUUUUGAAUGUUUCGCUGCAAAUUUGUCAGGCGAUGUCCUAUUUGCAUAAAAAGCAAAUUUUGCACAAAGACUUGCGAUCAAAAAACAUUUUGUUCGACAAUUUUAACAAUGCGUGUGUAUCGGAUUUUGCGUUGUUCCGAUUUGAUCGUUUACUCCAGAAAAGGCAGUCGUUCAUUCGGGUGCCAGAUCAUUGGGUUGACUACAUUUCGCCCGAAAUUGCCACUUCCUUAUAUGUCUCGAAUGGAGUUUUCGUUGAAAUAGACAUGCCUUUUUCGUUCGAAUCCGACGUUUAUGCAUUUGGAACGAUUUUCUACGAGCUGAUAAUGCGUCAAAUGCCAUCCGCUGGCCGGCCAUGGGAAGUGCGCAUGUAUGAGAAAAUCAGCGGCACGAAGGGGACGAUGCGUCAGUAUGAGCCUGUCGCAAUGCAAAGAACUGACCUGAGACUCGCGAAGACCCUUAUGAACUGCUGGAGCUAUGAGCCCGAGAAUCGGCCAAGUUUUAAAGACGUUGUUAAAGAUUUAACAGAAUCACGCAAACGCAAAGAAAGCAGCGCGAGAAAUUCGAUUCGAUGCUUCGAAUCAACAUUUUAA